ACCCAAUCCCCAUCUUCCUAUCUACCCGUACACAGUAAUGUGCAGGUACUCCGCACUUCGUACCCGACAAACAAAUAAGCAAAGCGGGAGCUAAAAUCAAGAUCGAGGUAUUCUACCAAGGCUACGUCACUCCUCCCUACAGCCACCUCAUUCAACCGCCCAAUCAUUCAUUACCAUUCGCGAUCUGCGACUGGGGGAUGUGAUCCAGACAAACAAAGCCCUGGUUUUGCGCAUCUUGUACUCGGAAUAUCCAGUGAGGUAGUAGCGACAUCAUCCUUAUCCUCGCUCUGUCGCCGGCUAGCUUCAUAAAGACACCUCGCCCGUCCUGUUCUUGACAUUCCAUCCUACCACUAUUACACGCGAGUACAACUGACGCUCCCUCACAUCUAACAACACACACCACGCACUCGAAUAAGCACAGAACACUCACCUACAAACCUCAACCAUGUCAUCGAUCGUCUCUGCUCUCUCUGACCUCGUCAAGUCUCUGAUUGAGGUCGUCUACUCCUUCAUCGAGACUGCUGCCCAUCUCGUUCAGCACACCCUCAACUUCGCACUGAACUUCUUCUCCAGCGUAAUCAACGUCUUCGUCGAGUUCUUUAAAGGUCUCAUCGACCUCGCUGGAGGCAUCGCUUCCUUUGUGCUUGGAAACGUGGUCAUCCUGCUCGUCCUCGGCGCCGCUUUCUUCGGUUUCUUGCAGUACCAGCGCAACCAGGGAAACACCGUGAAGGUCGGCAACAAGAAGUUAAACUAAGAAGGCGAGUCCAACAGAAGCCUGGCUGGCAAUCCUGACGGAUCAGAGAGGACAGAUUGACAACGAUCGCGAUGUCACGACAGGAGCAAUGAUACCCUUGGGAUGGACGGAAGACCGUCUUAAUAAGGAGUUGGGGAUCAGAAUAUCUUGAAUUAAUGAAU